CACUACCUCAAUUUUGCUGCUGCUGCAAGUCCCCGACUCCUAUUGGCUCGUAGUUUUGCUUGAGCUGCUCAUCGUCCUCAAUGAUGAGCUCAACAUAUGGCUUGUUUCUGCCCGUUUCUUGGCGGUUUUUUUCGGGAAUUCUUUGCAAUAGUUCUCUCUGGUCUUCCUGUCAGUGUGGCGCCCUCAAACCAGCGGUAAUCCCUCAACCACUGCGCCAUCUGCACAUCUGCGCCAUGGUCCUGCACCAACUCUAUCUCCAACUCCUCUUCACUCUUGCCCACGAAGCUAUCCUCCCGACGCUGCCGUGUUCCCAAUGCCCACUUAUCCUUCGCGAGAUCUCCUCGUCUUCUUCCCUCCUCCUACUCUCGUCUGUCGUCCGCACUCGUCUGAGCCAUGUCAGCAGUUGCUGACGUGCGCUGGGCGUUUGCGCAUGGCGUUCGUGGUGUUGGGAAUGGCAUGGUAGAGCUCCGGCCCAUCUUCUGCAAGCUUGGUCGAACCCGGUUCGAACGCGAACCGGACCUCCCGAACGCGUUCAGUGACGUUCGGUCCAGGG